UAAUUUUUAUCAGAAGUAACGGAACACCGUUCUGGCUACAUGUUAACUUUAAAUACAGUUAUUGUCCCCAGGUGGUGAUUCAGUUUCAUGUUUCUUUUGUAAAGUCUUUGUCUUUGGCUCCUCAUGUGCUCUCAUCAUGUAUAAAUGCACACUCAGUACUCCACACGGCUCUGAAGAAAAAGGACAUCUUUCUGCUUUCCAGAACUGCUUCACUUAUUUUCCCCAAGGAUCCGCUUUUAAGACCGUGACCCCGUGUGACCCUGUGACCUGUGUGACCCCGUGUAACCUGUGUGACCUCAGUCCAGCCCUGACCGAGCCUGCCAGCAUCCAAAAUGACAAUCAAUAAAUAUCAUGCUGAAGUUCUACAUGUUGAUUCAUGCGAAAGGGAGGAGCAUUUCAUGACAGAACCAGAAACAGAAAGAAUCUGAUCAAACCUGAACUGCAGCUGACUCCUGAAGCAUGUUCAUGUGAUUGAGAUGCAGUGAAGAUGGCAGCAGGAACUAAAACUCUUCCUGAUAUUUUAAUUUUUGACUCCAGUCCAGAUGCUGCAGUGAUCCGGAUUCUUCUGAUGGGCAGAAACUCAUCUGGGAACUUGAUCCUGGGAGAAAAGAGGUUUAAAAGGCAUGAGUCUGGAGUGUGUGAGGGUCAGACUCAGAUCAGAGGGCAGCAGGUCGCUGUGAUUGAUUGUCCAGAUCUACUGGAUCCAGAUCUGAAUGAAGAGCAGCUGGAGAUGAUGGAAGAGCAGCUGUUCUCUGGAUGUUCAGCAGGUCUCAGUUCAGUUCUGCUCACCGUUCCUCUGGAGAAACCCCUGCAAUAUGAGCAAGAGAUCCUGGAUUAUAUUAAGUGUUUGUUUGGUGCUGAAGUUCAGAAGUACAUCAUGAUUCUGUUCACACAUGAAGAUGAUCUGGAGGAUCUGGAUCAGACCGUUGAUGAAUAUCUGAAACCCAAAGAUCAUGAGGAUCUGCAGCGACUCGUGACUGAAUGUGGAGGAAAGUCCCACUGUUUCAGUAACAAGAGAGAAUCACACAAACAAGUCCAAGAUCUACUGCAGAAGAUUGAAGGAAUGAUGACGGAGAACGGAGGGACAUUAAUGAUGAAACAGAUGCAGAGGAGCAACAGCAUGGACGUUCUUAAUGUCAGCUUUUCAGGAAAGAGUUUACCAUAUCCAGUCUCCAGAUGAAGUGGAUGCAGUUCCUGAGAGGAAAGACCAGAUCAGGCUGGUUCUGCUGGGAAAAACUGGACUCUGCAAUAGUGCUGGAAACACCUUCAUGGAUUUCAAAACAGUGUCAGUGAGAAACUACAGUCUCAGUGAUUAAGAAACUUGAUAAUCAGACACACAAGACUCCUAAAGCACUUCUUUUCUUAUUAGUGAUGUGAUAUACAUGCAGCGAACAGUAAUAGACCAAUCACUGCAUGAGCUGCGAGUGACUCUGAACAACUGUAAUAAACACGCCGUUCUUUCUAUGAUGUACUCUGUAAAUAUGAUGUGCUUUCUGUAUCGCUAUCCAGAGGGAGUGACUUUCCCUUCAGAGGGGAGUCGGUCAAAUAUCAGAAUAUUGAAAGAAUAAAGUUGAUUUAUUGUGACUCU